CGAAAGCGAUCGGACAGUUGGGACCUUCCCUCGUCAGAGAAGAAUUAUUUCUGAAGCACUUGUUAUAUCCUAUCAGACUCGUACACUUCAAAUGCGCACGAAUAUCUUAUACAUUCAGAUUAGAUGUUCGAAUACAACAAAAUAUGAGUGAACAAGAAGAUAAUGAUGUUGACGAACUCAUUCAGUCUGGUGUUACGAAUGAAUCAGAUGAAAAAUCAUUAGGCAUAAGUUUAGAUACAAUUAAAAGUCAAAUACAGUUUCAUAUACCAACAAUUACAGAGUAUACUAUCGAUGCUGAUGGAGAUAUUAAUGUAUCUCGAGCUCAAUUGAUCAAUUUAACUAUAAUUCAUCGUGAAUUAACUACUGUUAAUGAAUGUGGAUUUCAAUUAUGGAAUGGUUGUCUCUUAUUAUGUGAUUACUUAUUGAAUAAGCCCGAAUUAUUUGAAAAUAAAACUAUUUUAGAAUUAGGAGCCGGAAUUGGAUUAACAAGCAUCAUAGUCAGUCGAUUUGCGGAACUUGUUUAUUGUACAGAUUAUAAUAUAGAAUUGCUACAAAUAGCACAACAAAAUAUUGAAAAUAAUUUAUAUGAAAUAGAUAAUAAAGUUCAAAUUCGAUGUCUCGAUUGGCUAAAACAUUCUCAUUGUUUACCAUGCACCUCUGAUCUAUUCAAUUGGACCGAUAAGGAUAUAGUGCAAUUAAAUGAUUUAGAAAUAAUUCUAGCAGCUGACGUCAUUUACGACGAUCAAUUAACUGAUGAAUUUUUUAAUGUUCUUGAAAAUUUUAUUUUAAAUUAUAAAAAUGUUCACUCAAUUUAUAUCGCUAUGGAAAAACGAAUCAAUUUUUAUGUUGAAACAUUAUCAGCAGGUUGUCCACAGUACGAUUAUUUGAUACAAAAAUUAGAAAUGUUGAACAAGACAUUAACAAAAAACGCGAUUGAACACAAUAUUUAUCAGAUCAAUGUUGAAAAUAUUUUGCAAUGUACACCAUAUGAACGAACGAAAGAAUUGAUUCUUUGGGAAAUUAAAAUUAAACGGCAAUGA